UCAAGUCUCCAGGACCCGCGGGACAAUCCCUCUUGCGCUGUAGGCUGCAGCUCCUGUAAUUUUGGGAAAGACUGGCCCAGGCACUCUAAGCCCCGGGGAAGGCAGAGGGAAGGUGGUACCUGAGCAAGGUGUGAGCCAUUCAGAGGCAGCCCGGGGCCGCCACUCACCUGGAGGAGGAGGAGCUGGCGUCCAGACCCACCCGGACCCAGAGGAAACGCGAGCCUCGGCCGGCCAGGUGAGGAAGGGAACGCCCGCCCCGUCGCCUCCGGAAGCCGGAGCAGCUCCCGAUUACCAGCAGGGGCGGAGCCGGCCCGGGCCACCUGAGCCGAAGCGAAACUGUGGGGUCUGGUCGGUGCACCCAGAACCCGGAACUUAGACUCACCUGUGCGAGGGCCAGAGGCGGGGCCGGGCCAAAACUCACCUGCGCCCGCGGAAAACUGACCGGGAGUAGCCCCCGGGAUCGCCCAGCGCGGAGGCGGAGGCGGAGGCGACCGGCCGGCCCCACCUGAGCCACCCUCCGUCCGCCCGUGCGCCCCUGCCGGCGGGGCCGCCAUGACCUGGAGCGCCACGGCGCGGGGCGCCCACCAGCCCGACAACACCGCGUUCACGCAGCAGCGCCUCCCCGCCUGGCAGCCGCUGCUGUCGGCCAGCAUCACGCUGCCGCUCUUCUUCUGCGCGGGCCUGGCCUUCAUCGGCCUGGGCCUGGGCCUCUACUACUCGUCCAACGGCAUCCAGGAGCGCGGGUACGAACUACACGGGCAACCCGGCACCGGCGACUGCUCGCUGUGCGGCGUGGCCGACCAGGACCGCGCGCCGCCGCCCAGCUGCCGGUGCGCCUGGAACUUCUCGCUGCCCGAGCUCUUCCAAGGCCCCGUGUACCUCUACUACGAGCUCACCAACUUCUACCAGAACAACCGGCGCUACGGCGUGUCCCGCGACGACGCGCAGCUGAGCGGGCUGCAGAGCGCCCUGCGCCACCCGGUCAACGAGUGCUUCCCCUACCAGUUCAGCGCCAAGGGCGUGCCCAUCGCGCCCUGCGGCGCCAUCGCCAACAGCCUCUUCAAUGACACCUUCACGCUGUGGCACCAGCGCCUGCCUGGCGGGCCCUACGUCGAGGUGCCGCUCGACCGCACCGGCAUCGCCUGGUGGACCGACUACCACGUCAAGUUCCACAACCCGCCGCUGGUGAACGGCAGCCUGGCGCUGGCUUUCAGGGGCACCACGCGCCCGCCCAACUGGCCCGUGCCGGUCUACCAGCUCAGCCCCGACCCCAACAACACCGGCUUCAUCAACCAGGACUUCGUGGUGUGGAUGCGCACGGCGGCGCUGCCCUGGUUCCGCAAGCUGUACGCGCGCAUCCGCCAGGGCAACUACUCCGCCGGCCUGCCGCGCGGCAACUACCGCGUCAACAUCACCUACAACUACCCGGUGCGCGCCUUCGGCGGCCACAAGCGCAUCAUCCUCAGCAACAUCUCCUGGAUGGGUGGCAAGAACCCCUUCUUGGGCAUCGCCUACCUGGUCGUCGGGUCCCUCUGCAUCCUCACGGGCUUUGUCAUGCUGGUCGUCUACAUUCGCUACCAGGACCAGAACGACGAGGCUGAGGACCAGGAGUGAUACCUGCUUUCAAAGCAUCCGUCCUGCUUCUUGCCAAAACUCUCUUGCAAGCUUCUCCCCCUCGCCCCUGCGCCCCUCACCCAGUUCCAACCUAGCCUCACUUUUCCUCCUGUGUGGAUGAGGGGACCAGAGGGAGUCAUUGCACCCUAUUGGGGGCUACCAGACUUGUUGGGAUGUUUGGGCUGUGGGAUAUGACCACCUUGCAAGAUCUCCCCAGCUCCUUCACGAUUUACCGAGUUGACGCGUUAGGUUUUAAGUUCCGUAGCAUUUGAGAACGAAAGGGACAGUAGAGACUCCUUUUUCAUCUAUUUAAUGAAGAGACAGACCUGGAGGUGUUAAAUAACUCAUUCAAGAUCAGGCAGCUACUCUUUGGCUCCUAACUCUGAUUCCGGAGCAUUUACCACUACGACAGUGGUUUCAUUCCUUUUUUGGCGGGGGUCGGGGUCGAGAGUGAAGCCCACAAAUAGCCUGCAGAGAUAUGAAGAUGUGGGGAAGACCAUGCGUGUUUAAUAUGUAGGUAGAUUAGGAGGCACCAUCCCCAGCGAUUCUAACACAGUGAGGCCUCGGUGAGACCCUUGAAGCUGCGUUUCAAGCCCCUCCGGAGAUUCCUCCUGAAUCAGGAAACAAGUAGAAUACUGAUUGUUUCCCGAUUUCCCCCUGUGCCUGGGGCUGGGCCUGAAGCAAUCCCCUGAGCCCAGCUUUUCAGGUAGUCCUUUAUUCCCAGGGCCAGUGGCAACAGGUGUUGCAGGUUUGGUCUAGCACUCCUCCUUGAACCCGGAAGGGAACGUUUUAAUCUUAGAAUCAGGUGGCUGGAAAGGAUCUUAGAGGGAAAGUGAUUUUUCUAAGUCUUAUCUGUGUCUCCUGAGUUCCGACUCAGUCCUCUGUGUCAUUAAAUUAUGUCUUAUGCUUAAAGAGAAAGGGCUAAGUUCCUACCUUUUCCCUUAGGUCUAAGAAAACAACAACAACACUUUUUAAUUUAUGUUCUUCAAUGGAGCUGGUUUGUUCCUACUAAUUAUGUUUAAAUGAAUGCUAAGGACUAUACUAGUAGUCUUAUGUAAGUAGAAUCAUACGAAUUAUUUGAACAUUUGAGAUGUUAAAUUCUGACUACUCUAAAAAUAUCCUAAUAUAUACAAAGUUAUUCUAAGAAGCAAAAGAAUUUUUAAAACACUUUUUUAUGGCUAAGGAACUUAAGAAAAAAACACCUUAGUGAUAUCAUGUUAACCAGUUUGCCGGCUGAAAGUGGUUAUAUGGUAUCCUGUCAGUGUCUGCUCUUACAGCUCCUUCCCAGUUACUACUGGUUUUGCUCAGGCCUGUAAAGCAAUGCAAGGCCUUGGAGGAGUUUCCUUUUAGUAGUCAAAGAAAUACUGAAUUGUAUUGAGUAUUUAACAUUAAUUUUGUUUUACUCUAGUUCUUUAAAAAAUAAUGAUGGGUGGAUAGCACGCAAAUUCAUGACAUCUGGUCAGAUCUUCAGGAAUGUGAUUUCAGAGAUUCUGUUCCACUACUUGCAUAACAAAUAUAUAUAUUUUAGCAAUUCCAGGGUGUUGGUUUCCCAACACCCUGAAGGUGACACAAUUGUAUGUCAGAUUUUAGGCUAUGAAAAUAUGAUCAUUAUAUAGAGGAAUUUUUAUUUAUUAUGAAUGUUUAAUUCAGCAGCUCACUAGCUUAGUUAGCCCUUCUUUAUGUUGGAUAAGAGAAUUUACUCCAUUUUUUUUACUAUGUAGCUGAGAGCAAUAAUGUAUUUUGCUAUCAGUUGUACAGUAUUCAGUCUAUUGCUGUAAAAUUUUAAGUGAGACUGCAAAAUGUAAGGUAUCUGAUUAAAUCAGUGAAUCAGGCCCUGUUCUCUGGGUUUUUGAAAAAGAAUAAAGGUUAUGUUUGUUUUA